AUGGCUCCCUUUGUGCCCUAUCAUUCCUCCGCCGGCCAGGCGACUAUUGUCAAAUUCGGCGGCCUUCUCACCACCGAAUUCCUCGAGCCACCCCCAGGCCGUUGCUUUCUCUUCCGCCAAACAUACCGGCACACAGUCGAGGGCCCCAUCCCGGAGAACCUACGCAAGCUCAUCAACAGCCCACACAAGCCCAAGGGACCCCCGCCACAUUUCCACCAGUUCCAAACUGAGUACUUCCGAGUCGAGACCGGCGUGCUUGGUAUCGAAGUCGACGGCGUCCUGCGACGGAUCACGCCCGAAGACGGCGAGAUCUCCGUCAAGGCAGGCAGCGUGCAUCGAUUCUUCAUCCAUCCAGAUUCACCAGAAAGCAUGACCGUGUACUUGAGCGCGUCGGACUCGGGAAAUGACUACCAGCUCGACCGCAUCUUCUUCGAGAAUUGGUACGGCUACUGGCACGACGCGCUGCUGCAUGACGGGGGGAUCGAUUGGAUCCAGUUUCUAGCGAUCCAAGACGGUGGCGACGCCUACACCCCGGCUCCAGCCUGGGUCCCCUUCCGCCGUCAAGUUGGCUACUGGACCUGCGUGAUCGUCGGCCGCUGGAUCGGCGGACUGCUAGGCUACAAGCCCUUUUUCCGCGAGUACACGACUGACUGGGACUUUGCCGUUGCCAAGAUGAAGGGCUCGGUCUUCCAGCGACAUCUGGUGCACGAGGCCUUUGGGGCGGAGAAGUCGUGGAAGCAGCAGACCGAGCUGGAGGCACGGGUGAAGCCGGAGAACGCCGAGUUUGAGCAGUGGACGGAGGAUAUGUCGCCCACGCCGUUGAUGCUGAAGCCGCUGGCGUAUGAGGCUGGGGAGUUCAAGGGAUUGCAGGAUCAGAGUGCUAAUGGGGUGAACGGGCAUGCCACGGGGGUGGAGGCGAAGAAGAAGCAGUUGGGGGAUAUGACCCGGAGACGGUCUGGGGCCCAGGAGUAG